CUGUGUAUCUCUCUCUCUCUGAGACCAGUUUCCAGAAGUGGAAGCUUUUUCGUUGGUCAUCCAAGAAAACUCCAUCCAAAGCCUCCCUUGCACUAAUAAAGAAACCAUCUUUUCUAUGUUUUCUUAUCCUUUUAGCUUCUCCCUGUUCUAACGCCUCCAACCUCUUCGAUCCCUAAACUGAGCCCGAUCCCUGUUCGAGAUUCUACAUUUCUCCUUGAAUCUCAAUAAACUGGCAAGUAUCCGGGUUUCUCGCGGUUAGGACGAGGUUGGCGAGCCUAGCAUGGAGAGGAGCCACAAGAUCAAGCUACUUCUCGGUUUCCUCUGCUCAUUCCUUGCCCUCCUUGUCUUGUUGGCAUUGUGCCAUUACUUUCGGAAAAGAUUAAGGUGGCGAGGGAGGCGCAAAAGCGAGUCCUUGGAGGUUGGCGACGAGAGAGGAGGGGCUGGCGCGGAGGAGGAGGAGGAGGAGGACGAGUUGGAGGCGGAAGGGCUGGUGAAGUUCGCCGGGGCCGAGAGCUUGACGGUGCACGACAUCUUGGAGGCGCCGGGGGAGGUAGUCGGGAAGUCGAGCUACGGGACGCUGUACAGAGCCAGAAUCGAGCGGAGCGGCUCGGUGUUGCUGCUCCGGUUCCUGCGGCCAUCUUCCGCCGGCCGGACCGGAGAGGUGCUGCUCGUGGCUCGGGCGCUGGGGGCCGUCCGGCACCCGAACUUGGUGCCGCUGCGCGCGAUGUACGUGGGACCGCGAGGGGAGAAGCUCUUCUUGCAACCCUUCUAUGCUGCGGGGUCUCUGAAGCAGUUCUUAAGAGCUGGUGUUGCUGAAGCACACAGAUGGGACAUCAUUCUUAAGCUAUCCCUUGGAAUUGCCAAGGGGCUGGAUCAUCUUCACACAGGAUUGGAGAAGCCCAUCGUGCACGGCAAUCUCAAGACGAACAACAUUUUGCUAGAUGCAGAUUACCAGCCUCACCUUGCAGAUUUUGGCUUGCAUCUUAUGUUGAAUCCAGCAGCAGCCCAGGAAAUGCUCAAAGCCUCUGCAGCUCAGGGAUACAAAGCCCCUGAGCUGGUUAAGCUGAAAGAUGCUAGCAAAGAGACUGAUGUCUACAGUUUGGGAAUAAUCUUAUUUGAGAUGCUCGCUCAAAAGGAUCCCAUUAACAUCAACUUCUUACAGUCCAAGGAUUUCCAUCUUCCAAUCUCAUUAAGAAACUUGGUUCUUGAUCAUAAAAUCUCAGAUGUCUUUGACUCCGAGCUCCUAAGCCAGAGUUUAGAUAAAAAUUCUGGUAAGGCACAUGGUCUACUGAUGCUUUUUCAACUGGCAAUUGCUUGUUGCUCUCCUUCGCCUGCUUCGAGACCAGAUACAAAGCAUGUUAUUUCACGGCUGGAAGUUAUUGCCUGAAGAUGAGUUCUCUAUUCUGCCAUGGUAGCAAAGCAAUCCGUUGUUAUCAACAAUCAUUGUUCAUUCAGCUGUGGUGGCAUUGCACAUCAUCCUAAUGGCAUUAUGACAAAAACCUCAGGUUGUCGAAAUAGAGGUGGGAAAUCUUUUAAUUUGUGAUCUGGAUGACAGCAUGUUGUUAGGAAAGUGGUAUCCAAUGUGAGCUCGGUUGUUGCUGAGGAACCAUCAGCAGUGUGGAUCUUGGGAUUGACUUAUUUUGUAUUUUUACAGAGAUGGACAAGGAACUUUAAAUGCUUGAAAGAUUGAACUUUGGCUACAUUUGGAGGACUGCAUGAGCUGGACAGUCGGGUUGUGCAAGGAUGUGAAGCCAAGAAAGGGCAAUGACAACUGCAUUCACCUCUUCUGAGCUCCCAGUUUUAUUGAUCUGACUCAACUGUACUCACCAUACUGUAGAUGCAUUAGUGGAAUCUUCUCUUGUUUAAGGUAGUAGCCUCCUGAUUUGCUGAAUAGAACAACAGAUGUAAAGCAUGGAGGAAUUUCCCUUGUUAUAAUUAAAGCUGUCAUCUUCCCAAGGCAUUAGGCAUGAGCA